CGCUCGCAGCGCAACAUUGUAAGCAGCGGAUGCAACACGUCCCUCAGACUCACCGGUGCUGAAGCUGCGCGCUCCCGAAGAUUCCAGCAUCCCGCGUUCUUUCUCAGAUACAGUAUGGAUCAUGAUGCCUUCUAUCGCCUGAUAAACUUCUCUUCGUUUUGUUUUGUCGCUUUACUCAUCACGCUCGCAUCAUCUCGCGAUUUAAUAUCCGUGGAAAUUGGUAAUCUGACACAUCAACUCGGUUUUUUGUAGUUAUGCUUGUCAGUUUGACUCUCGCGCAUCUGCGCUCAAUAAACUGAGGCUUUUAUUUAGUUGCACUGAAGUUCAGCAUCACCAUAAAGCGCAGAGAGAUUUCCAUCACCGUCUAAACACUCAGCUGGAGCAGAACCAGUGUCAUGGGGCCCUUACUCUGGGAAGGGCGCCUGUCAUGUUUUCUUCUCCAUGCUUCUGUUCUCCUGCUGCUCAGCAAGGGGGAGCGGAUGUGCCCUGUGAGUUGCCGAUGCGAAGGCAAGAUUGUUUACUGCGAGUCUGGAGCCUUUCAAGACGUCCCGGAGAACAUCUCUCUAGGGUGCCAGGGUCUAUCCCUGCGGUACAACAGCCUCUUGUUGUUGCUACCUUACCAGUUUGCUCACCUCAACCAGCUGGUCUGGCUCUACCUGGACCACAAUUCCAUCAGCGUAGUGGAUAGACUGGCUUUCCAGGGGCUUCGCAGGCUAAAGGAACUAAUCCUAAGCUCUAAUAAGAUCGCGCAGUUGCAAAACGGCACCUUUGAGACUGUCCCAAACCUGCGCAACCUUGACCUGUCCUACAACCAGCUGCAGGACUUGAUGCCAGGGCAUUUUCAUGGACUACGCAAGCUUCAGAAUCUUCACCUGCGAUCAAACAACAUUAAAAGCAUCCCUGUCCGUACUUUUAUGGAAUGUCGAAGCCUGGAGUUUCUAGAUUUGGGUUAUAAUCGCCUACGGACUAUAACUCGUACGACAUUUCUAGGACUGCUCAGGCUAACAGAACUUCACCUUGAACACAAUCAGUUUUCCAGGAUUAACUUUUUCCUAUUUCCACGCCUCUUGAAUCUGCAGUCUCUCUAUCUGCAAUGGAAUCGCAUACGGUCGGUUGUCCAGGGUUCGCCGUGGACUUGGCACACUUUACAGAAAUUGGAUCUAUCAGGCAACGAAAUUCAAGUUUUGGAUCCGGCUAUUUUUAGGUGUCUGCCCAACUUGCAUACACUCAAUCUGGAGUCUAACAAGAUAAGCAACGUGUCCCAGGAGGUUGUUUCAUCGUGGAUCUCCAUUAGCACUAUCAACCUGGCAGGAAACAUAUGGGACUGUAGCUCUAGUAUCUGCCCUCUGGUGUCUUGGCUGAGAAACUUCAGGGGGACUCGAGAUGCCAGUAUUAUUUGCAGCACUCCCAAAUCCCUUCAGGGAGAAAGAGUCAUGGACGCAGUGAGGAACAACUCUGUGUGUGAGGAGAUAUUCACUGUGGAACCGACCACGGAAUUAACACUUCUUUUGACUACAACUACAACAACUCUUUAUGUAACAAAACCACCCACAACCACCACUACAACCCCACGCACCACAACUAGACAGGUUUCUAAAGUUACCCACGUACAAAGAGUCACCCCAAAGGUUUUGUUCCCUAUUCAGUCCAACAAUGAAUUCCUACCACCCCUUUCAGUAACACCUAGCAGCCUACCCUUCACCCCAGAACCUGAAUUUGAGCAUAUGACCUUCCACAAGAUCAUCGCUGGCAGUGUUGCCCUAUUUCUAUCUGUGUCUUUAAUCCUAUUAGUGAUUUACGUGUCGUGGCGACGAUACCCUAACAGCAUGAGGCAACUCCAGCAGCACUCCAUUCGACGCAAGCGCAGGAAAAAGACUCAAGAGCCUGAGCACAACAUCAACUCUCAACUUCAAGAGUAUUACCUAAGCUACAACCAUGCCAAUGCCGAGACCAUGGAUUCUUUGGUCAACGGGGCGUGCACCUGCACCAUCUCGGGCUCCAGAGAGUGCGAGAAUGCAUACACGUAUCCCAGACCACUGCCAGGGGCCUGGAUGGGAGACAUAUCCACAAUUCACUGAGGGGCCCAUGAGAAAAUGCACCACUGCCCAUUAUGAUUUGCAACGGCUCAGAUAAAGCCUUUCCUGAAUUUUCCAAAACAAAAGGCGAAAGAAUUAGGCUGAAUGGGCAGCACACAUCCUCAACCCCUCGUUUUGGACUCGUUUAAAUGUUGAGCAAGCGGAUACGGCAUCAAUUUGACACCCCCCACCCCACCAUCCUCGAGUCGAACCGGUUUGGUUUUUACUUCAACCAACAAUAAACGUCCCCCACAAUGGGGCUUGCGAGCACGCAAGGCAAAUUCAUCCGUAAUGAACCAGCAAAUGUUUCUCAACGCUGCCAUUGUUGCUGUAUGAUAGCUACUACCUGCUCUCUCCAAGGAAUCAACGCCCACUGUCCUGUUCAUCCCUUUGUGUUGUGUAGUGAUGUGACAAACUAUUCAUGCCGAACCAUCGGAAACGUCUCUCGUGAUCAGUGGACGGUAAUUGCUCAGUUGAGCACAACCCACGAGAAUGUUUCUGAGGACUACAUAACAACAGAAGAUAUUUUUGACUGCUGUGAAGAAAAGCCUGUUUGCGAGGACUGUAACCUCACCACGAGUUCCCACUGUGUUUUGAUUUCAACCCUGGCUGAACUUGGACACACCACGGGAGAGUUGAAUUGUGGGUAUCGUAUAUGUGUGUCGUGAAUUCGCUUUUUUGUUCUCCGUUUAAAGUUGGAUUUUUAGCAGUCCUUUCUCUUGGUUCAGACAGAAAAGUUAGCUGAUUACUUUUUUUAUGAGCAACAUAUCAUCCGAAUGUGAUGACUCAAAGAGAGAUCGACUUCAUGUUUUUGAAACACUUGCAUCCGAAUGCCUUUGUCACUUGACAUCGGAUCAUCACACUGGACGUUUUCUCUCUACACCAUCUUUAUUUUGUGCUGCAAAUUUAACAUGGCAUAAAACACUGGUUCUCAACUAUUGGCUUGCAGGUCUGUUCUGAUCAGGGUCGUAGACACAUAAUACAAUGCAGCUAACCAUAUAAUCAUUCAUAGCUGACACUGCAAAAUAAAUGCUUUAAUUUUGGGCGUCGAAGAUGUGUGCAAUCCAACUCUACAGUAUUUUGGCACAAAUGUAUCCACAAAACAGAAAAGCCAAAAAUGAAAAGGCUGCAUGACAUAAUCUUCAAAAUCCAUGAGCAAAAUCCUAAACGUGAGGAAAAUAUGACCCACAUUACAUUAAAUAUGGGUUCACAGGGUUUGUGUAGACCACAAUGUGUUUUAUAAGGUCAAUUUUUGUCUGUUUAGGGCAUCAUGCUUUAGAAACCAAAUUAGCUAGAUUGUGUCAAGUUAAUAAUUUAGCAUAUUGUUGAGCCUUUGCAUUUCUUGAAAAUAGUAUUAUUACAUUUUAAUGUUUGAAUUUAGGGACAUUUCUUACUUUUUGUAUUGUAAAUAAUUUGGGUAUCAUGUGGGGUCACCACUUAAUUUCUGAGGCAAAAUCUGGGUUUCUUUUGAGACUUAAAACCUUUCUCAGAUCUUCCCACUUGGACGACCAUAAUACAUUCAUCGUGUAACUAAAUGCAUCAAGCACGUCAGUGAAUGAAUGCAAACGGACAGAAAUUCACGGGAAAGAAUAUGCACACCCACUGCCAUCUGUCCAAAAGCAUCCAAAAGCCCCUCUUGAUUGUUGUAUAAUCAUUAUAAUUACAUCCAUCAUAAUUGGUUAACAUAUAUGCAGCUGUGUUUUCAGUCAGUAACAAACUGAAUGAGAACUAGACCUGCCAGAGCAGAACAAAUAGUUAUUGCUAUUAGUCAAAGAUAUUAGCUAAAGAGAGCUGAAGUUGAGAUGGAGGUGACUCACUCUUAAAAAUAAUGGUUCUUUAUUGGUAUUGACGCAUCAGUGAAGAACUUUAAAUUUCCUUGGAAAAUUUCCACUGCAUAAAAUGCACCUUCAUAGUGAAAUAAAUAUAUUCAGAUUAUUAAUAUGGUGCCACUAAGGAGAAAAAUGGCUCAUUUAAGAACUGUUACCUGAAAGUUUCUUUGGAGAACCCAAAUGGUUCAACAAUCACAUCACUGUUUAAAGCGCCAGCAUGUUGCUAAGGUGUACUAAAUGGUUUCAGUUGAAUGCUAUAGUGUUAUGAGUUAUUAAUCCCAAUUAAUAAAGGCCCACACUAUGGUAUUUUAAUCUCUAGAUUAAAGGCUUAGGUCCUUUCUUUAAUAUCUGAGGGAAUUUUUUGCCUGUUUGAUCACCUGCCAGGCAGAAAUCAUAAGUCAGAUCACUUAGAAAAUGAAUAGCACAUCUCUCCUCAACAAGCUGCGUGAUUUGUGGUAUCUCAUGCCCAAAGAACAAACGCUGAGGAUGAGCAACAAAUGGAUGAGUCACGCACAGAAACCGUCUUAAUUCUGAGCAAUAGUGAGAGUUAAGUUUGCCUGUGCAAACUCCACUGAGAAAAGAUGUAAAACAAGCCACUGAGUUGUGUGCCAUCAUGUGUCCUUUAGUGAGAAAUGGCCACCCUUAAAGUCUCAUGUUAUCAGAUCUUCUUAGGGAGGGCCGUGUCUGCCAAGAACACACAAUCUAUCAAUGUCACUGCAGGGACGGUCUGACUGUGGGGGGUUCUGUGCAGUUUGCUUAGUAACACUUCACAUCCUCUUGAAGAACAAGCCAAAUAAUUCACAGAUUUCAGAUUAGAAGAACAGCUCUCCCCUGAUUUAUUGAUUUUUUUUUUUUUAAGAAAUCCUUUAGUCAGAGUUAUAAUAAUAAAAGAACUAAAAAGGCCAUCUCGGUUGCUUAAUCAUGCCUCUGGGUUUAAAGCAUGAUGAAGUGUCUUCAUACCUCCCAAGAAAUGACUGGUCAAAUUAAAAAGAUUUUUCCCAUAGUUCUCUGAGGGCUUUCACAUGUUUAUAUGCUCGAUAUGCAUGCAUAUUUUUGUUAGCCAUCCACUUUUCAGCGUGCACAACAACCUUGGGUUUCUAAAGCAGGACUAGGCUGAUGGGGAAAACGCAAAUGAUGCAAUUUGCUUCUCUAAGAGGCCUCUAUUAGCUGAAGAUGUUCAAGGCUCUGUACCAUUAUGACUGAACUGAAGCAGACAGACGGUGAAGGUGUAAAUACUGAUUUGCAUUUUGAGCUCAUGUGUGAAAAGGGUCAAGGACAAAUUGCCCAGUUUUGCUCUCUCCUGAAUUGUUCUAAAUUUGAAGACAUGUCUUUUGUGUAAAAAUAGGAUUUAAAGCAUAGUUGUUCUUUAUGUUCUUAUUAAAAACAUUGAAAUGCUGUGAAGAUACAUUCUGUCUUCAUCUCUAUAAAGCUAGAAAACCAACAGAACCAGAACACUCCAUUUGCUGGUGUUUUGAAUUUAAUUGAACAAUAUAUAUAUAUUUUUUCAUGUUAUCCUUUGAUUUUUCCAUCACUGGCUCACAUUUAAAAACAAUUGAAGCCAUGGUAAUGAAAAGCAAAUCAUAAAAGAAGAAAAACUUAUUCACCCUCAAGUACUCUAAUAUCUUUUUUUUUUUUUAUCAGAACAGAUGUGGGUAAAUUUAGCAUGGGUUCUCUACAGUGAAUGGGUGCCGUCAGAAUGAGAGUCUAAACAGCUUAUAAGAAGUUAUCCACAUGAUUCCAGUCUAUCAUAUGAUUUCUUGGGAAGUAAGAAUGUGCAUUUGUAAGAAAUAAAUACAUCAAGGUGAUUUUUUUUUUUUUAAAUGCUAAAUAUGAAGAGAGAAAUAUGCACAUAUCAAACUCCAUUUACUAGCGAAAAGACUCCAAAACGAUUCUAAAGAAGUGGAUCUUGAUUAUAAACAUGCUGCUUUUUGCUUAAUUGAUAAUACCUUGUGAAGCAAAAAGCAUUGUGUUUAUAAUCAAAAUCCACUUAUACCUCUGACUCGGCUGAUUGUGAAUUAUUGUGCUGUUUUUAUCAGUUGCAUGCACUUUCAUUCUCAUGGCACCCAUUCACUGCAGAGAAUCUAUUGGUAAGCAAGUGAUGAAGAGAUGUUAUGAUGCUAUGAUGCUCGUCAAUAGUGUCAUCAAGUCUUAUUUCCAGGUCAUUAAUACAAAUAAAUGACACUGAACUAAUUUUCCAGAUCAGCUUUUUAAUUAAACUUUCCACUAAAUUUGUCAAUCUAAUAAUACAAUAUGCAAAGAAAAACAUUAACCAAAUUCAAUAAAAAAAAAAAAAAA